AUGUCUCUAAUUCUGAACCGGCUCUCGAAGCUCUGGCUUGGGAAAUCUCGAAGAUCAACUCUUCUACUUCUCUCUAACGGAUUCUCAUCUUGCUCGAGGAAAAAGCAAACCCCUCCCUGUUUCGUCGUCUCAGCUGAACUUUGUGAACCUUAUGAAGCCUGUCUCGGAAAACUCGUCAUUUCAGAGGUUCAUAAUGACAUGAUUAAUCUGGAAAAGAAGGUACAUCUGGAGUUGCUUUAUAAUGAUAUUUUUGAUAAAGUGGUAACGAUCGGCGCAUCUAACGGAUGGGUAGCUACUUUGAGUGGCGACGACGGAAUCCUGCGUCUCCAAGAUGACCUAAACCCGUAUGCAUCGUAUACAGAUCCAAAAAGCAUUCCUCUGCCUCCUCUUGUGACUCUGCCAUGUUGCCAAACCCAAAUCGUCACCAACGUGUCAAUGUCCUCAUCUUCUCCAGAGGAUGAAGACUGUGUUGUGGCUGUCAAGUUUUUGGGACCUCAGCUCAGUUUUUGCAGACCAGCUCAGAGUAAACCCGAAUGGACCAAUAUCAGGAUCGAAAACUCAUGCUUCUUCUCUUCUCGUGUUAUGUUUUCCAAGAAAGAGGGCAUGUUUCGCAUUCUUGGGGCUGGAGGUCACCUCGUGGGAACAUGGGAUCUCCAGAAUCACAAACACAAGAUUCAGAGGCUGCGGUUUAAAAACAUUCCCGAGUUAACUAAGACCACAAACGAGCUUAUGGAUUCGUGCUGCACGUACGAGCACUUGGUGGAGUCAGUAACCACCGGCGAAACUUUCUUGGUUAAGCAGUACAAGAAGACUGUUGAGAUCGAUGAUGGUGUUGCCAAAAUGAGAACAGAAUAUUUAAUGGUGUUCAAACUAGACGGUGAAGGCAACGCGGUUCACACUGAAGACAUAGGAGAUCUUGUCAUUUUCCUCUCAAUGUCUGAACCUUUUUGUCUCCGGGCUAGUUCUUUUCCUGUCCUGUUCCCGAACAGCGUUGAAAGCUUGGAUUACUGGGAAAAUGUAACUGUCGAACUGGCUGACUACUUAGUUAUUAGAGGCUUUCGUCCAUUCUUGGCCCCUUACCUUAUUCCACCACAACAUAUAGAUUAG